AUGUCCGACCGUCGCAGAAACAACUUUAUGGAUGAAUCGACAAAUUCCGAGUUAUCAAUAUCAGAUUCACUCAAGAGUCUGAUCCUUAGCACCGUGAACGCAACAAGGGACUUGUUCGUUUUCACCGAUGAGGAACUACACAAAACAUCUCCGGAGGUCAUCUUACGACGCAUGCUUUCCACAAGAUCAGCUAUAUCAACAAGUUCAUCUCUCGCUGAAGCAAACCAACGUGCACGCGAUGAUGCGACUCAGCAGAACUUCACCAACAUCGGCCAAGGUCAGUGUGGUACAGUGUUCGGACUGAAAGGCACUACUAUGGUCAUCAAACUGCCUAAUCCUUCGAACAAGGAGGAUGAACUCUUUGUCGACUUCCAAAUGCAUAAGGUGGUGUGGGAGGCAUUCUCCGCUUUCGCGUCCAUCCACGAAGACAUCCAUGUACCUCGUGUGGGCGUGUGGGUUGGCCCCAAGAGUACACAUUUCUGGGAUACAAAAGCCGCUCUUUUCCCUCAGAAUGUGAGGACACCUAACUACGGUCUCGUAUCCGAACGCAUUUAUCCCCUCCCCCUUCCAGUGCGCGAAGCCAUCGUGGAUGCACUUUGUCCAGAAGCAAUCAAGGACACUAAGAGCGAAUUCCUCAAUCGAAUCGAGAACAAGAAUUGCCUAGUUCGAUUAUAUCUUGGCAGACGUAACGAUUCGCGCAAGAUGGAGGCAAGAAACGUUCGGCUUCGCAAUUUCCCCCUCCACGUUGAUGAGAUGGAGCGCCUCGGUCUCGACACGAGCUCCUUUGCUAUGACCAUAGCAAAAGCUCUAGCUUUCCUUCACUGGAAGGCUGGUGUAGAUGGCAACGACGUAGAAUUUGUUCUGGGAAGUACUCCUCAAAUCACUGGAAAACCGACCAAAGAAGAUUUGUUGAUCGCCAACAAGGAUACAGCAGGGGAGAUGUUCUCUACCGACUUCGAGCACCGGACAAUAUCUAUAUGGCUCUUGGACUUCAACCAGUGCAAGCUCUUCGAUCAUGAUUCAGCUGGCGUGAAGAAACUAGUUGAGGGAUUCUGGUUCAACGAUCCCUACUACCCCCGUCCUAACGCCACCGACAAAAAUGACAAGAAACUAUGGAGAUUGUUUGCAGAGCACUACAUAAAAGUCAGUCAGGAGCUCACUAACACCCCGGGACCAGCAAUGUUCAUCAAUAGUGUGAUUGCGAAGGGCAAAGAACGCUCAGGUGGUAGCAUGUUUGGAUGA